UUGAGUGGCCUGAAAUACGACGUCGUCUGCACACUGUAUAUAUAGUUCUAAAAAUAGUAAUCAAAUCGCUCGUUAGAUGGCACGUAAUGUGCGGUGUCCGGUGACGUGCUUUUGUUUACUUUUACCCGGCUUAUUUCAUAGAAGUCAAAGUGAAUUUUCCGAUUUUUGCAGAGAAAAACAUUUUGCUUACUUUUGUAAAAAAAUGGAGAUCUCCGGUAAAAAAGUAACAUGGAUCCCGCUCGAGUCCAAUCCAGAGGUUAUGACAAAGUUUGUGCACAAACUUGGUGUUCCUGAUAAAUGGAGCCUUUGCGAUGUGUACGGCUUAGACCAAGAGCUCUUGGCUGCACUGCCUCAGCCUGUUUUGGCCAUCAUUUUGCUUUUUCCCGUAUCUCUAGAAUCCGAAACAAAUAAAUCCGAGUUGGAGGCAAAGGAAAAAGAGACUGAUGCUGCCAGAGACAAGGUGUAUCAUUUGAUUCAGUAUAUAAGAAACGCCUGUGGUACAAUAGCACUUAUUCAUAGUAUUGCCAACAAUCUUGAUCAAAUCAAAUUGCAAGAUGGGGAACUGAAAAAUUUUUUGUAUGAAACCAAAGACGUGGCUUCUAAUGAAAGAGGUGAACGAUUACUUGAAGCCAAGGGUAUCAGUGACAUCCACAAGGAAGUGGCUGGUUUGGGACAGACUGAAGUUCCCGAAUCUGGAAAGGUAUUCCAUCAUUUCGUAGCAUUCGUUCAUAAAGAAGGUUCAAUAUACGAGCUUGAUGGUGGGAAACCACAUCCAGUAAAUCACGGUUCAUCCAGCGCGGAAACAUUCCUUGAGGAUGCAGCGCGCGUCUGCCGAGAAUAUAUGAAUCGUGAUCCCGAAAAUGUUCAAUUCAACAUAAUUGCCCUUGCAAGGAAUGAAUAAGUGCCCCAAUUCUAAGACUCAAUGUGAUAAACAAAAGGCUUUUUCUAUUAAAUAAUUUAUUUUUCUCGCCACACUUGAGCACGUUCAUUAAUAUUUUGUCAUAUUUCUAAAGUUACAUUUAAUUAUUUAUAAAAAAUAAAAAAACAUAAAUUAA